AUGAGAGCGCCGUCGCUAUUCAUAAAACUCCUACUGCUGCAGCUCGUUAGCGCAGGAUCAGUUAAAGUCCAGAACAAGCCACAAGUGCGCAUCACCACUGCAUUUGUCAACUUCCAUGCACGCAUAAUGGAUCAAUGGGGAGAUGGAGGAGGCAAAGCGUGGACCAUUUCCAAUGAUUCAUAUCACCCAUUUGUCGGUCGCGAAUUUGGAGGUGCAAAGCGACGAGAUAUCCGCGGGUCCAAUGCGUUUGGCAGUGGCUACACGUACGGAGUGAAGGAUACAUCGAUAGUGUCUGGUCGAGCGUUUCCGUUUGGUACUUGGCCGCUGUAUUGGGCGGACAAUUUCAUGAACUCGACGACGGAGUACGGGUCACAUCUCGACGCAGUCCGACCUGGUGGACAUCUGUCAGUGGUCUCACUGAGAUCGACGAAUGGUCAGAUCGACACUGCCCGAGACGAGGUGUACUACGCUAUUGGAGACUCACAAUCUCUUCUUGCGAUUCUCGUCUCGUACGUGACAUGGUGUCAUGCAGAUCUAGCAUGGCCGACUAGAUUUGACCCACUGUCUCCCAAUGCGACUGUCAAGAUGGAAAACGUCUUGCAGUAUUACCGAGCGAGCAGCUUUGCCCUCGCCUCGGUUUCCUUUACCAACCCUCAGGCUCGAAAUGUCUCCUACGAUGGGACAUAUGCGAUACCAGAUCGCAUCAAAGACUCUCCAUUCUGGCAAUGUCUCGACUCGACAACCGCCAGUGCCCUUCCCAUCAUGAAUCCUCCUGCGAAAGGGCCACAAACUGGCAAAAUAAUAGCCAUCGUAUGCCCCCUCCUCUGGCUAAUGUUAAUUGCCGCCUGGUAUCUCUUUGGCAUGCUCUAUUUCGGAUGUCUCGAACUCAGGGACCUGAUAUGGAACUUUGACUUGAGAAUGGCAGAGAGGAAGGAGACUCUUAGGUUGAGGAAGGAAUCGCAGAUGGAGGCAAAGAUGAGAAGGGAUUUUGAACUUUUCAAAUAUGAACUUUUUCCCUAG